AUGCUCCACCAACCAUCGCAAAAUCGCUUGUCCACUCAAUCGAAACCACACACCUCUGCUGUUUUGACCACUUCGCCAUCGCAUCAAAUUGAUCGGUUCAGCUUAUCAAACCAACCGUCACAACCACGGUUAUCAUCGUCAACAGAAUCUCAAUUGUCUUCAACCUCGGCCCAAACUAGCCUCGUGUCCACCACUCUCGUUGGUAGCAGUCAAAGGAUGCCUGCUACAGUUCUGCUGCAAACCGCAAUCAUCAAGGUUUUCGGUUCUGGUGGAGACGCCCUGUGGGCCAGGGCACUGUUGGAUCCUGCGUCGCAGUUGUGCUUAAUUACUGAAAACAUGGUCCAGAAAUUAAAGCUUCGUCGCUAUCCAAAUCGCCAAGAAAUUGGUGGAGUUGGAAACACUCUCGUCGUGUCGUAUCAUGCUGUUGACGUUCGGAUAGGAUCUCAUUGUACGAAAUUUACGGUUGAGGAAUCUUGUCAAAUAUUGAAGAAAAUCACUCAUGAGCUUCCAGUGAACCCUGUUGAUUUGUCCACUUGGAAUAUUCCAUCCGAAGUCAUACUGGCUGAUCCAAAGUUCUAUGCGCCAGGGCCAAUAGAUUUGCUUCUGGGAAUGGAACUAUAUUUCGAUCUUCUUCUUGAAGGAUUAAUAAAACUGGGCCCUGAGAAGCCAGUUCUUCAAAAUACUGUUUUCGGAUGGGUAGCAUCCGGAAAAAUAGGAGCUCACCACCCUCGUACCCAACACAAUAUACGAUCCCCAGAUGAAACUUUCUCCGAGGAGCAUUUUGUUGCUAACACCUUUCGUGACGAAUCUGGAAGAUUUGUCGUUACCUUACCGAAACGCCCAGAUAUAUUGUCUCAACUCGGGAGUUCCAAGGAAAUAGCCACUCGAAGGUUCCUUGCCCUUGAACGCAGACUUGAUGCGAACCUCCCACUCAAAGAAGCGUACACUUCAUUUGUUGCUGAGUAUUUGCAACUCAAUCACAUGCGUGAGAUCGACGACACGGAUAACAGCUUUCCGUCUUACUACUUACCUCAUCAUGGAGUAGAGAAGGUGGAUAGUACAACCACUAAAUUACGGGUGGUCUUUGACGCUUCUUGUCGAACGGACAGCGGAUUUUCGCUGAAUCAGGCGUUAAUAGUGAGACCGGUUCUACAGGAUGACAUUCUAGACAUUUCGCUUCGCUUCAGAAUUCAUCAGUUUGCUAUUAUUACGGAUGCUGAAAAGAUGUAUCGGCAAAUCCGCCUCCACCCUGACGAUUUUCCACUGCAUCGGAUUCGCUGGCGGUCCUCUUUCUCGGAACCGCUGAAAACGUUUGAACUAACCACAGUCACCUACGGUACUGCCUCGGCGCCAUACUUGGCUACAAGAUGUCUCCUUGAGUUGUCGAAACAGGGAGCUAAUGAAUUUCCUCUAGCCGCGAAAGUCCUGCCAAAGGGUUUUUACAUGGAUGACAUGCUUACCGGUGUCGAUGAUGAAGAAGAGGGAAAAUACUUGUGCAGGCAACUGCGAAGCUUGUUACAAUCUGCAGGUUUUAAUCUACGCAAAUGGGCGUCAAACUCGACAGCUAUAUUAUCAACCAUACCUCCCGACCAACGCGACGAUCGAGCAGUAAUAGCACUGGACUCACCAGCAACCAUAAAAACCCUUGGACUAAUAUGGGAGCCAUCGACCGAUUUACUCCACUACUCUGUUCCUAAUUGGUCCCAAACAGAAAACAUCACAAGACGAACCGUAUUGUCGGAUACAGCAAAGCUUUUCGACCCUCUCGGCCUGAUUGGGCCGGUGAUAGUCCUUGCCAAGAUAUUUGUUCAAUCUCUCUGGCGAACUUCUACAUCCUGGGACAAUCCACUAGACGAGUAUCAACAGCAGCAUUGGUUGGAGUUCCGCAGUAGUUUGCAAGGAUUAGUAUCUAUUACCAUCCCAAGGUGGGCAACCCCUUCCUUCAAUCGCGUAGUGCUUGAAAUGCACGGGUUCUGCGACGCCUCUGAGAAGGCUUACGGGGCCUGUUUGUAUUUGAGAGUUGUUUCAAAUGACGGCAGAAUAGCCGUGCGUUUACUAACCGCCAAAUCUAAGGUGGCCCCUCUCGGUGAUUCGAAGAAACAAAAACGCAUCUGCCUACCGAGGUUGGAACUCUCAUCUGCCCUUCUGUUGAGCCAUCUGUACCAUAAAGUUCAAGCCAGUACAACGCUGAUUGUCAAGACAAUCUUCUGGACAGACUCGAUGAUCACUCUACAUUGGCUUCGGUCGACACCAUCUAGAUGGAAAACCUUCAUCGCAAACCGUGUUUCUGAAGUGCAGCAUCUCACACAAAGCGGUAUUUGGGCGCACGUUCCAGGCAUCGAAAAUCCUGCAGACAUAAUUUCCCGUGGUAUGCGGCCAGCACAAUUGCAAGAAACCACAUCCUGGUGGAAUGGUCCACCCUGGCUCAGCCAACCAUCGCGUUUUUGGCCACCUCUAAUUCCACAAACUGCCGUCGAAUUGCCGUCAGAAAUGCUGGAAGAAAGGACAGUUUCUCUGCCAGUGCGGGUGCACCCUGCGAAUGAAAUCUUUUUCUUACGAUCGUCGUUUCUGGCGCUUCAAGCUUAUCAAUCGCUCAAAUCGACGAUAUGGUUUCCUACAAGCUUCAGAACUCGGGAAGCCUCCAACAACCUAGUUCGACUGGCACAACUCGAGUCUUUCAGCAAAGAUAUCGCUGCUGUAGCUAAAAAUGGCCAGGUUGACUCACACUCUGAUCUACGAACACUUGCACCAAUUCUCAUCAACGGCAUUCUAAGACUUCGUGGCCGACUCAGGCAUGCGGCCAUAUCCGAAGAUAGUAAACAUCCGAUAAUCCUACCUGCACGACAUCCACUAAGUACGUCUAUUGUGACCUACUAUCACCUGAAAAAUCUUCACGCCGGUUCUCAGCUGCUUGUAGCAUGUGUCCGGGAAAAAUUCUGGCCACUUCGCAUUCGAAAUUUAGCACGAAGCGUAGUGCACUCAUGUGUGAACUGUUUUCGCUGUCGUCCUCGUACCCUCGAUCAGAUCAUGGGAGAUCUGCCUUCAGAACGAGUUACUCCAACGUUACCCUUCCUCAAUACUGGAGUGGAUCUUUGUGGACCGUUCCAGUAUCGCAAAGCCAGCAGGGCUCCACCAAUAAAAUGCUACGUAGCCAUCUUUGUUUGCCUUGUCACCAAGGCAGUUCAUGUGGAGCUAGUCUACGAUCUCUCCACUCAAGCGUUCAUAGCAGCGCUACAUCGAUUUGUCGCCCGAAGAGGAAAACCGAACCUCAUAGAAUGCGACAAUGCCAAGAACUUCAAGGGUGCUGUGAGGGAACUAAAAGAAUUAGCCAAGCAGUUUCGUUCUCAACAACAUCAAAGCGAAAUAGUCAACCGUUGUGCUGAUGACGGGAUAACCUUUAAAUUCAUUCCGCCACGCAGCCCAAAUUUCGGUGGGCUAUGGGAAGCAGCGGUGAAGUCCUUCAAGCAGCACUUCCGUCGAACCGUAGGAAACUCGAUCCUAUCCCUGGACGAAUUCGUCACCCUGCUGGCCCGCAUCUCGACCGCUGACUCCACUUACGGCUGA